AUGCCGGUGUCCUCGAACGAGUCCACCUCUGUGACUGGGACCAAUGAGAGCGAGGACAGUGACGAGGAUUUGGAUGAGUUGGACCACACCCUCGUCAACCUCAAGCCGCGGGGAAGGAGAUGUCGGCCGCUCUGUACGGCCAGCUGCUUUUGUCACGUUUGCUAUAUCUGCCAAUUCGUGAUUUACCUCUUGAUCUUUCCCCUUUGGGCCAAAUGGCUGGUCACCAGUCCCAUGCCCACGGAGUACUGGAACCAGGCCUUUCCCGCGUGGCCGGUGAUCCCCACGGGCGGCGGCCGGGCCAUCGGGGAGAACGAGCACUUCAGGCCGAUUGAGAUCACGCCGAUCCCGAGCACCCCAGAGAGCUGCAACUACAGCUGCGUGGCCAAUGGCGCUCAGCUGAAUCACGCGGGAGAUACCGAGAGCAUUGACCAUGCCCGGCAAGUGGGUCCUGGCAUUUCGAGUCGAUCCCUUGCAAAGACACCCGAGGGUCGCCUAGCUCCUCCGGAGUUGCGGUGGCAGGGGAUGGCGGCAGAUUUGGCUGAAAAAGACAGCCAACUCGAGUAG